AUGUCCUCACGCCACGUACCUUUCCAAGCCCUGAGGCUCUCGGAUGACGAGAGACAACAUUGCCAAGACCGGUCCUUCCAACUGCUCGACCGGACGCUGCGAAGUUACGACGAGCGCGAUGGCCAAGGAGAUGAAGGCCGCCGCGCGGCUCCGCUGCACCACUCGAACCUGGAGAACACGCGCUGGAAGCUGCUCAAGACGCAGGCGGACGCGUCCAUCUACACAGCGCGCCACAAAUGCGCGCUCGACGACCACAACCUCCUAGGUGGAGACUGGAAGGACCCCGUGGUGAUUCUCACGGCAGGGACGAUCCGCGGCGAUCUGGACGAAAUCAUGCUCGGCAUCGAGAUGCCCGACGUCACGAGCUUCCGCAUGCGGACUGAGCUGUUCACCAAGCAGCCGGUGGACUGCGCCAUCCUGGCGGAGCUCUUGGGCCCCACACAAGAGGAUCCGUUCCAGUACCUUGGGAUCCAGUGGAUGGUGUACGAGCACGUCUGGCCGCUCAAGACGAUGGUGCGGCCCCGAGACUUCGUGUCGCUGGCGGCCACCGGGACCAUGAUGCGGGCGAACGGAGACCGUAUCGGCUACGAGGUGACGCAGCCCGCGAGGCUCCCGCAGUGUCCGCCGUUGCCCGGGGCGGUAUUGCGGGGCAAAGUCAUGUACGCGGCCAUAUUCAAGCAGCAGGAGCCUGGCGUAGUGGACGUCUUCAUCCACACGUACGUCGAGUCGCAAGGCGCGAUCCUGGACAAGUUGAUCGUGUCGGUCACGUUGAAGGGGAAUUUGGGUUUCUGGGGCGCCGACAAGCUCGCGGAGAUGAAGAAGCUGCAGUGGUGCAUCGCCAACCGCAGCUCGAGGCAGUUCAAGCAGCAGCAACAACGCGCGUCUGGAUCGACUCUGGGUGUCUGCAAGCAUUGCUUCGGUAGGCACGCCGUGAUGAAGCAGUGCAGCGACCUGGACCAGGACGACAAGAACUGCUGCGUCUUGUGUGCGUCGACGACCUGCUGGCCAUGCCGCGUCGAGCGGAAGAUCAAAGUGCUCGACGACGACAGCGCGAGGCUGACGGACCAGGUCGUAGUGGUGUGUCCGCCGUGCUUGAUAUUCGAUAGUGCCACGAUAUCGGAGACUGUGUUUGAAGUCCCUUCCGAUACAACGUCCACACCAUCGCCCCCCGUUGCGUCCUCUGGCUUGACGUGCGGCUCGCAGCUCAAGAACAUCUACUACCACGGCUUCAACCUCCAGACCUCGGCCGUGAGCGACGCGGCCGCCUGCUGCGAGCUCUGCACUGCCUACGACGGCUGCGUGCUGUACACGUACUUCCAUUCGUCCAGCACGGGCCAGAGUCUCUGCUAUCUGAAGAGCGGCGCAGGCGAGAAGACCAACUACGCCGACAGCUCCAGCGUGACGACGGUGUCGGCCUUCAUGGUCUCCGCCACGUCGGCGCCGGCGCCUGCAACAACCAGCACUCCAUCCCCGUCGACAGCGACUCCAUCUGCGUGCAAUGAGCUACUGGAAGGCGUGUUCUUCGACGACUACACCAUCUACGAGUUCUCCACCGACUCGGCGGACGAGUGCUGCGCGUACUGCGCGCAACUGGCGGACGAAGGCUGUGUGCUCUACACGCUCUACGUGUCCAAGAGCGAAGGCGUCAAGCGCUGUCUGCUCAAGAGCGCAGCGGGGACAAGCACCAACUACACGACAUCGGACGAUCUCACUGUUGUCUCGGCCUUCCUGCCCGCGUCAGCCACGCCCACGCCCACACCGGCAGCCGAGUGCUCUGUAGCCGAGGGUGAGUACUGUGGCAACGCCCAGGGGACGACAUGCUGCGAGUCGGACAGCUACUGCCAGCCCUGGAACACGUACUACUACCACAGCGCGCUGACGCUGUAUCCGUGGCUCUGCUGCUCGCUGUGCCAGCAGACCGAGGGCUGCAACGCCUACACGUUCGUCAACUUGGACCCGGCAGGACCCACGUGCUACAUGAAGACCAGCACUGCCGGCCGCGUGCGUAGCGUGGGGGCCCUCUCCGGCGUGCCCCUGACCAAGACGACAGCGUCGUGA